CAUAUUUGGCCGCAUACAUAGCAAAAACGAAGUACAGUGCAUUGCUAUAAUUCAUUAAUACAUCAUAAAUCGUGAAGCUCGGCGUUAUAACGACUAAGAUCUACAAAUCAAGCCCUCUAAAACAACCUAAAUGAGCUCUUACUUUGUAAACUCGUUCUCAGGGCGCUACCCAAAUGGCCCCGACUAUCAGUUACUAAAUUAUGGAAGUAACGGCAGCGCUAUGAACGGCUCGUACAGGGACUCCGCCACCAUGCACUCGGGCUCUUACGGCUACAACUACAAUGGUAUGGACCUCAGCGUCAAUCGUUCAACAACCAGCAGCCACUUUGGGGCUGUUGGGGAUGGCUCCCGGGGUUUCCAGUCUCCGGCCCCGGAGACUCGGUUCAGACAGCCUUCUAGUUGUUCGCUCUCAUCUCCCGAGUCCCUGCCCUGCGCAAACAGCGAGAAACUGGGACCCAAAAGCUCUUCUCCCCCUUCUGACCAGAGCACUACCACUGCCAGCAAUAACCACACCAACAACAACAGCACACAUUUCACAGAAUUAGACGAGACCAGCGCUUCUUCUGAGACGGAGGAAGGCACCCACAGAAGCAACAACACCCAUCCGCGGACACAGCAACAAGAAUCUACCGCAAGCUCCACAACAGCAUCGACCGAUGGGCAAGCGCCACAAAUAUUCCCUUGGAUGCGGAAGCUACAUAUUAACCAUGAUAUGACUGGACCAGACGGGAAAAGGGCCCGAACUGCGUACACCCGCUACCAGACACUAGAGCUGGAAAAAGAAUUCCAUUUCAAUAGAUAUCUAACCCGAAGGAGGAGAAUAGAGAUAGCCCAUGCGCUGUGUCUCUCGGAACGGCAAAUUAAGAUCUGGUUCCAGAAUCGGAGGAUGAAAUGGAAGAAGGACAAUAAGCUGAAAAGUAUGAGUCUUGCUACUGCAGGUAGCGCUUUCCAGCCCUGAUUUCACCCAAGUAAGGAUGUGGGGAGAAAUAAACAUGAGUAAAAACAAAACACUAUUCCUGAGUACUGUACAGCGCGGCACCUUUCUGCAUGUUGUUGGUGUUUUAGACAAUUUAAAACUCUUCUGUGGUACUGCUAACACACAACUUGUGUUUAUUUGUUGUCGUUGUUUUUAUUAGCUACUAUGAUAAAUAUCAUUUGAAAAAAAGAAAUGAAAAAAAAAAAACUCAUAAACGCUCUCAGAUGCCCGUUGUUAUUGUUAUAUCGUUUGUGUAAAGUGCUGUACUGAAGCUUUCUUGAAAGUUAGCAUGUUUCAAGUGAGCUCGUAAAUGUUAUAACUUAUUUACAAUCUAUAACAACUGUACAGUUUUAAGUUUACGGUCUAGAGGCUCCUUUGCCAUGUAACGAAAUAAAUCAAGCUUCACUUGUGGCUGAUGCACUGCUCUUGCAGGAGCCUCAGUGUGUCACACAUUCUGGUUAUUUUAUGCUAUAUUCCUCUGAAGCCUUUUCAUUUGACACUGUCAUGUGUUCAGAUCGUUCAUUUAUUUUUUUGAAAAAAGAAAAGAAAUGCAAAGAAAAUCAACACUAGCUUCCUUGUGUCCGUCCAUGCGUGUGUAUAAUUCUAUUCAAAUGGCAAGUGUAUAUUAUUGGAUCAUUUUUAUGUUCCAGAUAGGAUGUAUAUAUUUGACAUUUUUUAAUGUGACCGAAAGGCUAUGUGUAGUGGGCAGAGUUAAUGAUGAACGUUCUGUGGAGGAAAAUGGCAACUUGUCACGUCGGACUGCCUGUAAGCAUUUUGCCAAUAAUCUCUUUGUAUUUUUUGUAGCUUAUCUUGGACGAAUAAUAAUAACAAUAAUAAUAAUAAUAAUAAUAAUAAUAAUAAUAAUAAUAAUAAUAAUAAUAAAGUUUGUCUUAGACUGUGUUGCAAAACAGAAAUUGUAUUUAUCUGCCCUCUGGUCUUUUACUGUCAUAACCCCAUGUAGGCUUCCCACAGAACCGCAAUAAUAGCACGGUGAAUGCAAGUAUUUGACCUAGGCUAUAUGAUAAAUAAUGUUAAAUAUAGGCUGCAUUUUGAUGUCAAGUAACAGGCCUUUUUCAACGUGUUAAACUGUAGCAUAUAGCGGCGAGUUCAAAUACCGACAAAUCACACACUUACACAAAAUGAAACAUUACUUCAUAAAAUGAAUUACAAAUGCGAUAUUUACCACGAUUUAGUGCACACUGUUAACCCUCAAAUGUAUUCUAAUAAGUUCGGUCUCUUAUGAUAGAAAGGUUAUACCCUGAAAUGUGCAACUUCACGGAAAAGCGUCUAUAAAUCGUUAAUAGAACCGCACGCUGAUAAACAAGCAGGUCAUGCACACGGUUUACUAUUUUUCAAUUCUUGGUAGCCUAUAUAAGCAACCAUCUGUGGCGAAUGUGUUAUUUCUUGAAAUGCCUCUUAUAUUAUUUAGUAUAUCCAUUAUUUUUAAUAAACAAACUUUGAACUUGUAAACUUACCAAUUAAUCCCCCUUGUAAUGAUACUUCACAGGUUACUUUUGAAAAGCUGAGGAGCGGUUCUGCCAAGUAGGCUAACUGUGGCACUGCCUUGCGUUGCUUUGGUUUAAAAUUUGCUUUGCCAAACUAUACCAAAAGUAGCUAUGACAUUUACAUGUCAAAUGGAUGAGGUUUUUAUCUCGAAGUUCGAUCGUAAAAAUCGCCCAGGCCAUUGUGAGAUACCCCUCACUGGCUCUCAAAAGUCACGUGGGGUCCAUAAAGUUAGUUUUAUGGUUUUGGGGAGUUGACAAUGUACUAUAUAUUUCACAUUCUAGAAUGUAAGUGACGGUUUAACUGCUUCGAAGGGAUUUUAAAGGGUCAGUGACGACUGAACACAUUGCAGAGCCAGUCCCAGGCCUUUUGUCUUUCUAUGGGUACUUUCACUGUCUGCUCCUCUUUUUUACCGGUCCGAAUUAUUCGAACGUGGAAACCCGUAUAGGUCCAGGAACCUUUUCAACUCAAAGUAAGUUCAGCCACUCUACUGUCUAAACUGACUUGUGACUGCAUUUAUGCAAAAGGGAGGGUCUUCAGUUGUGGUGUCAUUAUCGAUAACCAGUUUGACUCUGAUAGUUCCGAGUUCAUUGCAAUGAUGGUCAGUCCUUCGACUUCUGAACAUUUUACAAUGAGCAAUAGUGUCAUAUAGUGUAAAGACCCUGGUAUAAAGGCCUGUAUGUUGUAUGUAUGUAUGUAUGUAUAAAUGCCGGCAAAUGGGCAAAGUAUGUACUUUGUGUAUGCAUAAUCAUCAUCCAGUGUAAGAUAAGAUAAAUGUUAAUAUGUGUGUAUGUGUGUGUCUGUGUGUCUUUUAAAACAAGUUUCUGUAAAUAUGUAUAUCAAGUAAAAAACCUAGGGUGGGGUUAGCCAUUUAUCUUUUAUUGGUAUUCAGUAAUUGUGUGUUUGCAGGUUUGUAAUUAAAUGAAAUCAGUUGCUUCAA